AGGCAGCAGGAGCAGAGAGCAGCCAUUGCUGUGUCUGGCAGCAGCAGGAUUACACCAUACUAAAGAAGACAUCCGAUGGACCCCCAGCAUCCAUCCUCAUGUUGCAUGUGGACUAAACAGGACCUAGAGCCCCAUCACGGUGCCUCCACCUCACUCACUGACUCACUGAUACAUAAGAGACACAAUGACCAGAAGAUCCUGGAACUCACCAACAAGAUCAUUCAGCUGCUGACUGGAGAGGAGUGGGAGUAUAUAGAGGAACACAGGGGUCUGUACAAGGACGUGAUGAUGGAGAAUCACCGGCCCCUCACAUCACUGGGUAAGAGGAGACUGUCGGGUAUUGUACAGGGGAGAGCAGGUAUGGGGGCACCCUAUAUACACACAUAAUCUAGUAAUCACAUUUCUCUGACGUCCUAAGUGGAUGCUGGGACUCCGUAAGGACCAUGGGGAAUAGCGGCUCCGCAGGAGACUGGGCACAACUAAAGAAAGCUUUAGGACUACCUGGUGUGCACUGGCUCCUCCCUCUAUGACCCUCCUCCAGACCUCAGUUAGAAUCUUGUGCCCGGCUGAGCUGGAUGCACACUAGGGGCUCUCCUGAGCUCCUAGAAAAAGAAAGUAUAUUUAGGUUUUUUAUUUUCAGUGAGAUCUGCUGGCAACAGACUCACUGCUACGAGGGGGACUAAGGGGAGAAGAAGCGAACCUACCUGCUUGCAGCUAGCUUGGGCUUCUUAGGCUACUGGACACCAUUAGCUCCAGAGGUAUCGAACACAGGGCCCGACCUCGAUCGUCCGGUCCCGGAGCCGCGCCGCCGUCCCCCUUACAGAGCCAGAAGCAAGAAGACGGUCCUGGAAAUCGGCGGCAGAAGACUUCGCUCUUCACCAAGGUAGCGCACAGCACUGCAUUGCUCCUCAUGCACACCUCACACUCCGGUCACUGAUGGGUGCAGGGCGCUGGGGGGGAAGGGGCGCCCUGAGCAGCAAUAUUAAACACCUUGCUGGCAAAUCUACACAAUAUAUAAUUAUACAGGCUAUAUAUGUGUAAAAUACCCCUGCCAGAGAUCCAUAAAAAAGCGGGAGAAGUCCACCGAAAAAGGGGUGGGGCUAUCUCCCUCAGCACACUGGCGCCAUUUUCUCUUCACAGUGCAGCUGGAAGACAGCUCCCCAGGAUCUCCCCUGUAGUUUUCAGGCUCAAAGGGUUAAAAAGAGAGGGUGGUCACUAAAUUUAGGCGCAAUAUUGUGUAUACAAGCAGCUAUUGGGAAAAAUCACUCAGUUAUGGUGUUAAUCCCUGCAUUAUAUAGCGCUCUGGUGUGUGCUGGCAUACUCUCUCUCUGUCUCCCCAAAGGACUUUGUGGGGUCCUGUCCUCAGUCAGAGCAUUCCCCGUGUGUGUGCGGUGUGUCGGUACGGCUGUGUCGACAUGUUUGAGGAGGAAGGUUAUGUGGAGGCGGAGCAGAUGCCGAUAAAUGUGAUGUCGCCCCCUGUGGGGCCGACACCAGAGUGGAUGGAUAGGUGGAAGGUAUUAACCGAAAGUGUCAACUCCUUACUUAAAAGGCUGGAUGACGUAACAGCUGUGGGACAGCCGGCUUCUCAGCCCGCGCCUGCCUAGGCAUCUCAAAGGUCAUCAGGGGCUCAAAAACGCCCGCUACCUCAGAUGGCAGACACAUAUGUCGACACGGAGUCUGAAUCCAGUGUCGGCGAGGUUGAGACAUAUACACAAUCCACUAGAAACAUCCGUAGCAUGAUCUCGGCAAUGAAAAAUGUGUUACACAUUUCUGACAUUAACCCAAGUACCACUAAAAAGGGGUUUUAUGUUUGGGGAGAAAAAGCAGCCAGUGUUUUGUUCCCCCAUCAGAUGAGUGAAUGAAGUGUGUGAAGAAGCGUGGGUUCCCCCGAUAAGAAACUGGUAAUUUCUAAAAAGUUACUGAUGGCGUACCCUUUCCCGCCAGAGGAUAGGUCACGUUGGGAGAUAUCCCUUAGGGUGGAUAAGGCGCUCACACGUUUGUCAAAAAAGGUAGCACUGCCGUGUUAGGAAACGGCCACUUUGAAGGAGCCUGCUGAUAAAAAGCAGGAGGCUAUCCUGAAGUCUGUAUUUACACACUCAGGUACUAUACUGAGACCUAAAAUUGCCUCAGCAUGGAUAGUGCUGCUGCAGCGUGGUCUGUUACCCUGUCAGAUUGUUAACUCGACAGGGAUACUAUUUGGCUAACCAUAGAGCAUGUUAAAGACGUCGUCUUAUAUAUGAGGGAUGCACAGGGGGAUAUUUGCCGGCUGGCAUCCAGAAUUAAGGCAAUGUCCAUUCUGCCAGGAGGGUAUUAGGGACCCGGCAGUGGACAGGUGAUGCUGAUUUUAAAAGGCACAUGGAGAUUCUGCCUUAUAAGGGUGAGGAAUUGUUUGGGGAAGGUCUCUGGGACCUCGUAUCCGCAGCAACAGCUGGGAAGAAAAAAAUUUACCUCAGGUUUCCUCACAACCUAAGAAAGCACCGUAUUAUCAGGUACAGUCCUUUCGGCUUCAGAAAAGCAAGCGGGCCAAAGGCGCUUCCUUUCUGCACAGAGACAAGGGAAGAGGGAAAAAGCUGCACCAGACAGCCAGUUCCCAGGAUCAAAAAUCUUCCCCCGCUUCCUCUAAGUCCACCGCAUGAUGCUGGGGCUCCACGGGUGGAGCCAGGUGCGGUGGGGGCACGUCUCGGGAGCUUCAGCGACCAGUGGGCUCGCUCACAGGUGGAUCCCUGGGUUCUGCAAGUAGUAUCACAGGGAUACAAGCUGGAGUUCGAGGCGAAUCCCCCUCGCCGUUACCUCAAAUCAGCCUUGCCUGCUGCCCUCGAGGGGGGGUAGUACUGGUGGCAAUUCACAAGCUGUAUUUCCAGCAGGUGAUAAUCAAGGUACCCCUCCUUCAACAAGGCCGGGGUUACUAUUCCACAAGGUUUGUGGUACCGAAACCAGACGGUUCGGUGAAACCCAUUCUAAAAAUUAGAAUCCUUGAACACUUAUAUACGAAGAUUCAAAUUCAAAAUGGAAUCGCUCAGGGCGGUUAUUGCAUGCCUGGACGAAGGGAAUUACAUGGUAUCACUGGACAUCAAGGAUGCUUACCUGCAUGUCCCCAUUUACCCUCCUCACCAGGAGUACCUCAAAAUUGUGGUACAGGACUGUCAUUACCAAUUCCAGACGUUGCCGUUGGUCUGUCCCCGGCACGAGGGUAUUUACCAAGGUAAUGGCCGAAUUAAUGAUAAUCCUUCGAAAAAAGGGAGUUAUAAUUAUCCCGUACUUGGACGAUCUCCUUAUAAAGGCGAGGUCCAGGGAGCAGUUGUUGGUCGGAGUAGCACUAUCUCGUGAAGUGCUACAACAGCACGGCUGGAUUCGGAAUAUUCCAAAGUCACAGCUGGUUCCUACGACGCGUCUACUGUUCCUGGGUAUGGUUCUGGACACAGAACAGGAAAAAGUGUUUCUCCCGGAGGAGAAGGCCAAGGAGUUGUCAUCUCUAGUCAGAGACCUCCUAAAACAAAUACAGGUGUCGGUGCAUCAAUGCACGCGAGUCCUGGGAAGGAUGGUAACUUCUUACGAAGAAAUUCCAUUCGGCAGGUUCCAUGCAAGGAUCUUCCUACACAAAUAUUCUGGAACUAAGGGCCAUUCACAAUGCCCUAAGUCAGGCUAGACCCUGCUUCAACACCAGUCGGUACUGAUCCAGUUAGACAACAUCACGGCGGUCGCCCAUGUAAACCUACAGGACGGCACAGGAAGCAGGAUGGCGAUGGCAGAAGCCACAAGGAUUUUCCGAUGGGCGGAAAAUCAUGUGUUAGCACUGUCAGCAGUGUGCAUUCCCGGAGUGGACAACUGGGAAGCAGACUUUCUCAGCAGGCAUGACCUCCACCCGGGAGAGUGGGGACUUCAUCCAGAAGUCUUCCAAAGGAUUGUACACCAUUGGGAAAGGCCACAGGUGGACAUGAUGGCGUCCCGCCUCAACAAAAAGCUAAAAAGAUAUUCCGCCAGGUCAAGGGACCCUCAGGCGAUAGCUGUGGACACUCUGGUAACACUGUGGGUGUACCAGUCGGUGUAUGUGUUCCCUCCUCUGCCUCUCAUACCCAAGCUACUGAGAAUAAUAAGAAGGAGAGGAGUAAGAACUAUACUCGAGGUUCCGGAUUGGCCAAGAAGAGCUUGGUACCCAGAACUUCAAGAAAUGCAUUCAGAGGACUCAUUGGGGUAUAUGCAAUUGCGGUCAAAUUUCAGAAAAAGUCGAAUUCCGGAACGUUUUCGCCUCAAAAAAUCAAUUCGCCUAUGCAGUACAGUACUUUUUCGCAAAAAAACGGACAUUCAAAAUUCGACUUUUGUCAAUUCGACUUUUUUCGCAUUCGACUUUUCUGCAAUGGUACAGAUGCUGCAAUUCGCCCCAAGCAUAUUCAAUUCAAGUUUGGAAAUUCGCCUGCAGUGCUUUUCGACCGCAAAUUCGCCUAUUUCAGUCCGCCUCAGUUGACUGGCGGGUUCUCAAAAAAAAUUUUUAGAACAUAAUUUUUUGGGAUAUUUGAGGAUUGAUAGUAGCAUAUCUAUUUAUAUUUGAAAGGAUUAUCUACUUGGUUUGUCUUUUUUUGCUUCACAAGUAUUAUUUAAUUGAUUUUUUAAAGGAAUAUUUUUUUCUUCAAUCUCCUGAGGGAAAUUUACCCAUGAUUCCACAGUUUUACCCAGGAUACACUUCUGCAAAGCCCCUCCUAUCUCCUCACUCCUGGGUUUGAGACUACAGGGAGAAGGAGCCAUUUUACAGUCAGCUCUGUGGAAUCGUUUUUUUAGGAAAAUCCCUGCGUUUUAAAACACAUUCCUAUUUUUGUACUGACUACAAUGAUGGAGCCUUUUUCUGACCAGAUUGUGUUGUUCAUGCUGGCUGCAAGCAUGAUGGAGGAAGAAAGUGCUGAUGAACAUCAGGAUCCAGGUCAGCAAAUGUCUGCAUUGGGUGAGCCAGUAUUGCGGGUUUCAUUUCCACGUCCACGCCAGUAUCGCACUAGGCGUGAACUGGAGGAUCUCAGCGAGUUCGAGGUGAUACAAAAUUAUCGCUUAUCGACUCGCGACAUAUAUUCGCUGUACGCUCUGUUGGCGGCCGACUUGGAACCUCGGGCACGGUCAAAUCGUGCAAUCAGCGGUUUUCAGAAACUGCUGGGGACGUUACAUUUUUUGGCGUCAGGCACAUUCCAGCCUACACUGUCUCAAACAUGCGGUUUUUCUCAGUCGACACUGUCGCGCUGUAUAACCCAAGUCAUUAGGGCUUUCCGCAAAUUGACGAUCCAGUACAUCACAUUUCCAGAGACGGACAGCGAAUGUCGUGAGAUCAAAUUAGGCUUUUUCAACAAAUACAAAUUUCCCAAUGUGCUGGGCGCGAUUGACUGUACCCACGUGCAGAUCAGACCGCCACGGAAUUCAGAGGAAUGUUUUCGGAACCGAAAACAGUUCCAUUCCCUGAACGUGCAGGCGGUCUGUGAUGUCAACAUGAGAUUUUUGAACAUUUUUGUGGGAUUUCCUGGAUCAUCUCACGACUCCUUCAUCCUAAGCCAGUCAUCGCUGUUUGACAAGUUCGAAACAGGAAACAUGCCUGGUGGCUGGCUGUUAGGCGAUGCGGGUUAUCCAAACAAACCGUGGCUGUUGACCCCAUUGUCUAAUCCUGUUGGUAGAGCAGAAAAACGUUACCAAGAGAAACACAUUGCAUCGAGGGGAAUAAUUGAGCGUGCCUUCGGUGUACUUAAAAGCCGGUUUCGAUGUUUAGACACUUCCGGCGGUGCUCUUUUGUACUCACCGUCGAAGGUUUGCGGCAUGGUAAAUGCAUGUUGUAUUUUACACAACAUAUGUGUCGCAAACCGUUUGCCGGUGACUCUUCGUCGUAGUGCUUUCCUACGCGGGAACCGGUCUUCUGCUCUACCGGUGGGUAUGGGCGAAGGAGAGGAUUCCCGGCGGACAGUGAUACAAAAUUUUUUUGCAGUUACCUAGUUUUACAUCCUGUUGAUGUGUAUCCCCAGGCCGUGUUUAUACAGUUUGUUCCCCCCUGUUUUAUCCUGUUUGGUUACCGCAAAUAUUUGACCCUUUUAUCCAACUCUACCAUGGGCGACCUAAUGGUGAUGUGGACCUGACCCUCCGCCAUGUAGCAGACAACCCCCUCAGGUGAGAUGGAUUGCCCAGAACUCCCUUUGUCCAAAAUCACCCCGGCAUGUCCAAAGUGCAGCACUCCGGCAUUUGCAAGACUGCACAUCCAAACAUUCCCUCCUGAUACACC